ACACACACAUCUUCUCCAUUUCAACCACCAAUGGCAAUGGCGUCAUCAUCAAACCUCAGUCAAAACCUAAUCCAUCGUCUUUCCCCUUAAUAAUAAUAUUCUGCUCGUCAAUCAAACCGCGCCACUCCCCUUCCUCUUCUCCACAUUUCAACUAAAAAAAUGCUCCGAUUACUAUACCGUCGUCUCCGAUCGCGGUGGCCGCUUCUUGUCUACUCCGCCUCCUGGACGAUUCUCUUGACUCUCACCGUCGCCGCCGCCUCCUUCGCGCCCGAGCUCGCCUUCGCCUCCGCAAUUUCUCCGUCCUCGUCCUUUGCUUCACACUGCAAGGCCGCUGGAUUCGUUAGGGUUCCGAUGGAUUUUCCGGGAGACGUCGUCUGCGUUCCGGAUAAUCUGUUUCGGAAAUCCGGAAUUGAUCUCAUCGUGCCUCCUAUUUUCGCCGCGGUUGUAGUAGCCGGGUCGGCUUGCUUUGUUCGGGCCUUGGGCCUUUGGGCCGACGAUGACUCCCUCUGAUGGGCCCAUUCUGAACUGGGCCAUACUUGUGCAGGCCCCUUCGAAUUGAAGAUACUAUUCCCCUGCCGGAGCUGCUCAAUAUGUCCCCGAUCGGCCCUAACUCUGAGUGCUCCGCCGCCCGGUCUGCU